AUGGCUGAACGUCCUUGCUUCUGCGUCUUGCUCAUUUUUCUUGGUGAGUUGAUCUUGUUAUGGAAAUUCCUUCCCCCUACAGGAGUGGUCAAAUACCAUCUUCACAAACCCCAUCUCGUGGAAUUCAGUGUUUCAAAAGACAACAUUCUUCGUUACAAUUUCACGUUCCACAUCACUUUUGAGAAACCUAACAAGCGGGUUAGUGUUUACUACGAUCAGAUCGAAGCUGAAACUUAUUAUCAUGGCGUAACGUUGGGGAAUGCAACCUUCGGACCUUUCUACCAAGGCGAUACAGACACCGAUCUCCAUGCCGUUCUCCAUGGCAACUCAACUGAUCAACUGGGCCAGAGUUCCAUAAUUGAAGAGUUCAACAGGGAAGAGAAAGAAGGGACUUUGACAGUUGUUGUUAAGCUCUACAUCUGGAAUAGGUUGCUGACGUCGUGUUUCACCAUAGGUCCCAUGGAGGUGGAAAAAAUAAACAACCAGAAGCUCUUCCACCAGAUGAAGAGGAAGAAACGCGUGGCAAAGAAGGCGCGCAUUGGGUCCCCGCAAUCUUCAGCCAAGCCUCGACUUCCGUAG